AGGGUUACAGCAACAGCGACAACUACAACAUCUACAACUACGGUGGCUACUACGACGACUACAGUAACAGAAGCACCAUUUCCUUGUAACGUGUGUCAAAAAGUAUAUGAUCCUGCUUGCCAAGGAUUCGGUAUUCCAACUCUUCUCACUGGAUGUCCAACUGCUGCUGAAGCCGGAAUCACAUAUUUACUUAAUGCUGUCAUUGCUCUAUUUCCAUUCGUCCCUGCAAACUCUUGCAGGAGGGUGGAGCUUGUUUGCCAACUUUCCGAUCACUUUGAAAACGUUGGAGGGUCUAAAGCAAAUCUAGAUUGA